AUGAAAAGUGCAUCGAAAAAAUCUGUAUGGACUGUUAGCCCUUAUGGAAAAACUGAGAGGGCAAGAAGAUCCAAAAAGAUAUUUAAUUCUCCAGAUAAAUCAUCCAGUGGUUUAAUAAAGGUUACCCACGACUUCUGCGCCACCAGCAACCUGCACGGCCUCAAGCGUCUCGUCUCUUGCGAACCCAGGCGGAGGCGAGGACAACGCGACCGGGUCGCCCGGACGAUAUGGGGCGUGAUAUUCGCGAUGAGCGUCGCCCUCUGCGUCUACAUGUCGAUGCUGGUCUGGACCAGAUUCGUUGAUAGCCCGACAUUCAUUUCGGUGGAAACUUUGAAUUAUCCGAUUUCCAACGUAGCUUUUCCAGCGGUUACAAUGUGCAACACAAACAAAGUCUACAAACCAAAUGUCGGAAAAAUAGAAAAAAUUCUAUUGAUGAAUAACAUUCCCAAAGAAGAGAUAAAACAUUUUUUUAGCAACUUGUCAUCGCUGGUGAUGCCGAGAAAAUCUUCUCCAAGUUUUCGACAUGUUUUCGAGAUUUUGUUUAACAAUAGUUAUGACAUCGACACACUUAUGACAAAGUUAGCUCAGCCUUGUGAAGAAUUGCUCCAGGAUUGCUCCUGGUUAGGAAAACGUUACGAUUGCGGUCUGAUGUUCAACUUGAUCAAAACCAAGGAAGGAGUUUGCUGUGCUUUUAACUAUCAUGCUCUUACUCGAAAUUUAUUUUUGGAAACUCCAAUAAUGGAACGAGAAGUUCAUGUGAGUGGUUCUGGAGUGGAUCAGUCUUUAGUUGCUUUUUUGUCCAUACAAUCAGAACAUUAUGUUUCACCAAUAAAACCAUAUGCUGCCACAAUUGUGAUGAUACACGAUCCUGGUGUUUACCCAGAAAUGUCAGUAAAUUCAGUGAUCGUCCAGCCUAACCAGGACGUCAUUGUUAAGGUUGAACCGAUGGUGGUUGAAAGUACUAAUAAUGUCAGGUCACUUCCACCAAAACAACGACAGUGCAGUUUUAAUGAUGAGCAUCCUUUAAAACUAACAAGUGGUUACAAUUUUGAAAAUUGUGUAACCGAAUGUCGAAUGUACAAAAUGAAUGAACUUUGUGGAUGUGUUCCUUUUACAUAUCCUCAUAUAGAAAUGAAAGAUGGAUCAAGUUUCGAAGUUUGCACACUGAAAGAUUCACCUUGUUUGGCGAAAUAUGCUCACGUUUUAAACAGUCUACAACCUGCAAACGUCAGUCGUUUCUUUUGGGGUUUAGAAACAGAAAAAUAUAUAGGAAUGCAGUGCGAUUGCUAUCCGGCUUGCUCCGACAGAUAUUAUUCUGUGGGUGUGGACAAAGCCGAAGCUCCUGCAGCAGGCUGGAGCAGAGUCACAGCCAUGGCCACAGAUGUUAUUAAAGGAAAUGUUAACCUGGAAGAUAUGAGUAAUACGAGCAAAGUGACUGUUUGUUUUAAAGAAACCACUUUUUUGAAAUAUCGCAGGGACGCUCUUAUGACCUGGGAUGCUUUAUUUGCUGCUUUCGGAGGAAUCCUCGGUCUUUGUAUAGGAGGUUCUAUAAUAAGUGUAGCCGAAUUAGUUUAUUACUAUACAAUAUAUUUAUUUAACGAAUGCACUAAUUUUAAUCAGAAAAAAGAUGAGGAUAAAAAUAAUUUUGAAAAAUUAGAUGCAAAUUUGCUCAGAAAUAUUAGAAGACGACAUAACGUUAUGGCCAUGACGCAUGUUUACGAAUAUUAA